AUGGCUUGGUCCGGGCUUCGAAUCCGCUUCUUCGCCUUCAUCACCCUUGUUCUUGUCCUGAGCUCGUCGGCCACGGCGGCUGCUCACUGGUCCUGGCCGGUGGUCAAUCCCUCAUUCGAGGCUGUGGGAACCACGCCAUCCCUCAAUCUCAACCCUGAGGGAUGGUCGCUCACGGGAUUUGGAGCCACCUAUGCGCCGACGACGGCCUCCUACCAUGCAGCUCAACCGCUCGCGUCCCCCGCCUCUGGGUCCCGCGUGCUCCUUCUCUCUGGUGGAUCAAGUGCCAGCCAGCGACUUGGCUCUAUGCCACCAACCGUGGCUACCCUCUCCAUCUCGGCCGCAGUGGGACAGCCUAAAACGUUUUCCUUCCCGUGCACAGCUCAUCUUCAGCUCAUUGCUGAGGCCCAGCACGAGGUGCCGGCCGUGACAGCCAACUCAACCACCAGCGGGCGCUUCACCACCAUGCAGCUUGACCUGGAUUUUGCGAGCCACCCCAAGAGCACGUUGCUCGCGAAUCGGCCCCCGCUGAUCCUUGUCUUAAACGCACAGGGCAGCAACUCCAAAAUCGAGUUUGACAACAUUCAGAUCUUGAGCGCUAGCGAAAGAACCUGGCUGCUGCACACGAAACCGUUUUUAAAUCAGCGGGUCGUGUUUGCUGUGACGUCCACAAAGGUGUCAAUGUUCCAGCAAGCAUCGUCUGGCCAGCUCUUUGAACGCGUGAUUGCCUUUGUCAACAGCGACUUUCUCUCGCCCGACUUGGACGCCUUUCACCUCGACGUCGGGCGCAUCAAUCAAGACGCAGAACAGGACAUUGUUUUGUGGCGACCCGACCUGGGGGCCAUCAUGUGGUACAAAACCACGAUUGGGCCCCUCUCCUUCACCGAACGCUUCGUUGGCACGGCCUCAAACCUUGUGGCCGCACUGGUUCUAGACGUCACCGGCAGCGGCCUGGGUGACGUGCUGGCCGUCAACACUUCGGGUCACAUUUCGUGGUUCCGCAAUCGCAACAGCCAAUUUUCUACCAUCCCUAUCGGCCGCCUUGAGCUUGUUGACGGCGACGCGGCAACCAUUGCUCUCCUCAUGCCCCGCUCUGGAGUGUCACUGGCCAGUACUUUGCCCAACGAUCCGCUAUCAGGUGACACCAUCUUUGCCAGGGGGUCCGCCUCCUUGGUCGAUCUGGUUUAUCUUCCUGCCGAUCACAAGAAGCCCGCCUAUGUGAUUUUGGGUCAGGUGCAUGGCACAGAGGGUUCUUGGGCGCUCGAGAUGGGAACUUUGGGCGUUGCACAGCAACACAUUAUAUGCCAGGCCAGUGAAGCCAACCAAACCGGCCAACUUGUCGCAACCAUUGGCUGGCCGCGAGGUGCCAUGACACUACCACGCAUAGUGCUAGAAAUGCGCGAGAGCAUCAGCAAGCAGUUGCUCACGAGCCAAACCCUGUCGGCCACAGACCUGCAAAUUCGUCCACAGCAAUGGGUGGACGUUCACCUCUUGUUUCGCAUUCCACCAAUUGUGACACGGCUGGAGCUGACAAUCGCGGCCAUUGGUGCUGACACUGUGCUUUUUGAUCACAUCCGCUUGGCUCGGGUCGAAACCAGCCUCGAGAGCCUUCCUUUGCUGGGCUAUGCCAGCAGCAUGUCGACCACAUCGACAACAACAACAACGACGAUUGACACGGUGCCCACCCAGCAACCAACCUCUCGAGUGCCGACCACUAGUCGCCGAACCGUGUCUACCGCAACAACUGUGCCCGAUGGAGCGGGUGGGGCAACUCCUGCUCCAACCACAAGUGCGACAACAGCCACAACGAGCAACCCGCUUGGUCUUCGGGUGUUGAACGUGGACAAUUUUGCAUUUUCUUUUCCUCGUUUAGUUGAAGCACCGAGCUUUGCCAGAGAAGCAAUGGGUUGGUGGUUAGAUGGCAUGGCCGGCGUGUUUUUACCCCAUUCGUCAGCUGUUCCAACAGCAGAAGAGAACCAGGUUUUGUUUCUUGCCAACAGAGGUCAAGCCACAUAUGCUUUGACGGAACGACUCUGCAUAGGCUGCCGUUUCCGCAUCUAUUUUGAUGUGAUUUGGCGUGCAGACUUUGAGACGUUUCCUACUUUACUGUUUGCCCUCCGAACCGAGCGUCAAGGCAUUGCCUUUGUACAAGACGUCACUGACCAAAACAGUAUGCAGCUGGUUCCUCAAGGCGCCGCUUUACGCAAAGUCGUUGACUUCCAGGCGCAGCAAUCCUCGUUUGAGCCUGUGUUGCUGGACUUUUCCCGUGAUGAGGCUCCUGGUCAAGUCCUCAUUGACAACGUUGUCGUGGUGUUUGCCCCGGCCGGCUACCAUGGCAAUUUUGAGCUGGAGAGCAUGCAGCUUUAUCUCUCCCACUGCGAUGCAAGAGCCCGCCACUACUACCGCUAG